UCGAAGCGAAUUCAAAAUUCUCGUUCGUGCUCACUCCGACGAGCAAGAACGCCGUAGCGCACGAAGGGCAGUUCAAACGAGGUCUCAACUGGCAGCGAUGGCGUGGGGCUUCGAUUUUCUUGCUAUGAUUUAAUCUUUCGGUAGCACUUGAUUAGAGGGUUCUGGAGCUCAGACGUUGUGGCAGCCGAGGGCAUUCGCUGCUUCGUCGGUCUUAGGGAUUUCCUUGUACUCUUCCUUUUUCUCGAUUUGAUGUUUCGUUGAUUUGGGAGGGUUGUCGUGAUCAUGGCGUUGUCGAGGAAAUCCGCGGCGGCUUCAAGCAGGGCCUCACGGCGGCCGUCGGCCGAUCCCUCUGCGAGGACUUCGGAGAGCCCUUCUGUUUGCACGAGGUCCAAGAAAUUGCGCUCCUCCGAGAACGUCGCUGAGGCUGCGGGGCGCGAGAACGGGGAUCUCAGCGGAUUGAGCACCAAGCAGUCUCGCAUAAGCGGGGGGAAUUGCAACGGAGUGUCGGGAGAUUCGAACCCGGUCAGGCAGGCGCUCGCUGGAAUUCAGAAUAUGCCGCCGUCGUUUAUGACGCGGGCUAGGAAAUCUCGAACCGAGCAACGUCUUGCCAAGGUGUUGAACUGGAACGACGGUGGAAUUCGAAGCUCCGCAUAUGCAAUUCCUUCGCAGGAGAGCCGCUCAGGUCAGAACCAGAAUGAGAAGAAAUCCAGUGAAGCUGCUGGAUCUUCGAUUGUGCAAAGAGAGAGUAGUAUUUCCGGCCGUGCGGUUUCUUCUGUCCGGAUCUCCUCAAGCUCUGAUGCUUCUUUCAGCCCCUCUGGCAUACCCACAAGUGACAAAGACAGUCGCGUCGAUUGUACUGAGUCCGAUGCGCACAAUGUGUCUCCAUGUCCUUCCGAUACACCGAAUUUUUCUGAAGUCAAUCCUUCAUCACUCGAUGAUGAUGUCUUAGACGUCUGUGUCCGUCAAGAAGAUGACGUAGAGCAAAAUUCAAUUGGAAAUUCCGGUAGUCAGGCUUCAAUUUUAUCUGAAGCCCGUCCCUCUUCAGUUGAGGGCAAUAUCUUGCUCGCAUCGCAAGUGACACCUGCAAGACGAGUGCUAUCUAGGCUUGCGAUUGAUGGUGUGCGAACUCCUGAGCACCUGGUGCCUGCUCUUGGAGGCGGCCUCUCACCAAAUAAUGAUGAAGCUGCAUCUGAAGGAAUUUUUCGAGUUUAUGAGCGUCGAACGAGUGAGCAGCCUGCGAAGAUAUCCAAUCGCGCUAAAACUUGUCCUCAACUGAGAGGCAGUUCCACAAGUUCCUCAUCCAUGAUAGGAACACAUCAUUACUCAUUAAGGCAUCUCAAAGACUUUUCUACACCCCAAACGAAGGUCCGGCAUGGUAGGAGAAAGACUCCAAGCAGCCAAGUUCAGAGCAACAUGUUACUUCCAGAAAGUUAUCGUGAGGAAAAAUGUGCCUACUUUGCGGAGGUGGAUGCAUUCGAACUUCUAGAGGAAGAAGCCGAUGAAGAGGAGUUGGAGGAACCUACAAAAAAUUCUGCAGACAUUGAAUGAAGGAAUCCUUCCAAAUUGGGUGCCACACAUGAUUUGUAGAUACUGCAGGCAUCCAUGUCUGUGACUUACAUGUACAUAGAACUCAAAAUUUUUGCGGCUGUAGAAGGCUUUUACGAGUACCGUUAGGGUAUUAGGCACCCAGGAGACUGUAAUUCAGCUUGUGUUUCCGUUGUCCUCACAUAUUUGGGUAAAGCAGCCCAUUUGUCUUCCUGUAACGAGCUUACAGAGUCUGCAUGACAAAAAUAGGAGGUAAAUCAAGGAUGAAUAAAGUGAAUGUCUAAAUCAGUUUGAAUCAAUUUGUUGAAUAGUUUGAUCAAGUAAAUGUUU